AUGCCGCGCCUCGCCACCACGCCGCCGCUCCCCGGCACGGGCUGCCGGGCCCGCUACGGCAGGUACGUGCCCGCCUCCAGCGUGGCCUUGGCCGCCGCCGCCCGCGCGCCCGGCGCCACAGCCGGCCACGGCCUGGCGCCGGGCAGCAGCCAGGCCGAUGGCCCGCUCGCGCCGGAGGGUCGCCGCGCGGCCGGCGUGGACGGGCCUCCAGAGGUGCUUAAGCAGCCGAAGCAGCCGAAGCAGGUGGCCCCGAAGCGCGACUCCCGGGCGCUCUGGCGGCUUGCGAGAACUGGCGUCGAGGUGGCUGCGCCCUCGCCCUCCUCCCGGCUGUCGGCUGCGGUCCACGACGCCCACGCUACUUGA